CUUCUGUAAUUCUCGUGAAUAUCAGCCAUGUUUCGCACCGAGAACGCUCGUUUCCCUUCCUUUUUUCAUUUCAACAGCCACUCCAAAGAUGUUCCGAACAACUUCGACCGCCUCUCGCAAUCGUUUGAUGAAUCACUACUCCGUGGAAUCAAGGCCCUGAAUCCGCCUUCUGUCAGUCUUUCUUGGCUUUCCCAGGCUGUUGAUUUCUUGUGCUUUGCUCACGCGCAGGCUGACGCUCUGAUUUCCAAUCUUAAGGUGUCUCCGUUGGACGAAUCGUUUUCUUGCUACUUGGAUGAUUGUCUUAGAGUGUUGGAUGUCUGCAAUUCCGCCUUGGCGCAGAUCGAAAGGCUGAAACACCGUCGACUUCGCAUCAACUUCCUUAUCCAGUUACUUGGAUCGGAUCUGGUCAAAGCCAGGGAUUUUCUUUCAAAAUUGGAGAUUACUAACAAUUCGUCUUCCCUUCAGGUCAAGAAAAGAGGUUUCGAGGUGGAUGUUGAGGAUUUGGUUAGAGGUUUAGCAAGGAGCCUUGACAACGCGCCGCGUGAGAAGAAAACCUCGACCGAAGGUCGCCUUCUUCGCCAGACAAUCCACGCCGUGGGAUUAAUAACAGUCCUCGUCGUCGACGUUUCGAUCUCGAUGCUGUACGGGUCAACUGGUUUGGUGGAGGUGCGCGCAAUGCCUGCUGAGUUCCCUUGGGCGGACUCGUUCAACGAACUCGCAUCUGCCGUUUCGACUCAGCUAAAACAACGAUUGAGUGGAGACAAAGGCAAAGGGUAUUUCAGGGAAAUCAACGAAGUUGAGUUGCGAAUUAAGGAAUUGCAUGACGUCAUAGAUAGCGACGACAGGGAAAAGCUUGACGGCACCGUUAAGGAACUAGAGAAGGUUGCGGCGUCGUUUUCAGAACAGCUGGAGAAAUUGAGUGACGGCGUUAACGUGAUGUUCAACAGAGUUUUGUGCAGCAGAAACGGCAUCUUGGACGGCAUGAGAUUGGGACAUGAGAAACAAAAGCAGAACAGCAAAAAUGUUUUUCAUUAAAAUUCCAGCAGCAGCAGAAAAUUGUAACCCAACACAUGUUCAACAAAUUAAUAAAUAUAAAUACUUAUUAUAUUUUGUUAAAUUGCCAGCAGCUUCAUAUUACAAAUCAUUAAAAAAAAAAAAAAAAA